GCGACUCUGCUUUCGCGGGGCCUGCUGGGGCGUGGGCAUCGAGGGCGCGCUCGGGCGCGUGCAGCCGUUGGGGACGCGCUUCUCUGGUCGCGCGCGCGUCUGGACUCGGAGUGGAAACCGAAGGCUCACGGAGGAGGGCGCGCAGCAUGAAGAGGCAGGGGGCGUCCUCCGAGCGGAACCGGGCGCGGAUGCCGUCUGGGAAGGCCGGUGCGGAAGGAGCGGCAAAUGGAUUUCUCAUGGAAGUGUGUGUUGAUUCAGUGGAGUCAGCUGUGAAUGCAGAAAGAGGAGGUGCUGGUCGGAUUGAAUUAUGUUCUGGUUUAUUGGAGGGAGGAACCACACCCAGCAUGGGUAUCCUUCAAGUAGUGAAGCAGAGUGUCCAGAUCCCAGUUUUUGUGAUGAUUCGGCCACGCGGAGGGGAUUUUUUAUAUUCAGAUCGUGAAAUUGAGGUGAUGAAAGCUGACAUUCAACUUGCCAAGCUCUAUGGUGCUGAUGGUUUGGUAUUCGGGGCGCUGACGGAAGAUGGACACAUUGACAAAGAGCUGUGCCUGUCCCUUGUGGCUAUGUGCCGUCCUCUGCCAGUCACUUUCCACCGAGCCUUUGACAUGGUUCAUGAUCCAGUAGCAGCUCUAGAGACCCUCUUAACCCUGGGAUUUGAACGCGUGUUGACCAGUGGAUGUGACAGCUCGGCCCUAGAAGGGCUGCCCCUGAUAAAGCGACUCAUAGACCAGGCUAAAGGCAGGAUUGUGGUAAUGCCAGGGGGUGGCAUAACAGACAGAAAUCUACAAAGAAUCCUUGAGGGGUCAGGUGCUACAGAAUUCCAUUGUUCUGCCAGAUCUGCCAGAGACUCGGGAAUGAAGUUUCGAAAUUUCUCUGUUGCCAUGGGAGCCUCACUUUCUAGCUCAGAAUAUUCUCUGAAGGUAACAGAUGUGACCAAAGUAAGGACUUUGAAUGCUAUUGCAAAGAACAUCCUGGUUUAGCCUGACCUCUCUGAGAGACAUAGACCUCACAGGAUGGAGGUAGAAAUAUAGUCUGCCGUUCUCAAUGACAGCUUUAACCUUCUUCCCUGGCCAGACAGACAACAUCUUUUUAAGUUUCACAUGGUAAUGGCGAAUCUUUCCAAGAAAAAGAACUUGAAACAGAGGUACAAUCACUUCCUUUGCUCAAAUCUUACUGGACAUUGCUGUCAUCAUGGUUAAAUCUGGCCUGUGUGCCUUCCACAGAGGUUUGGUUUGUUUUCAGUGGAAUUUUAGUUGAUAAACUGGGAAAAUUCAACUGCAACGUAUGAAUUCAGGAUGACUUUAGGGUCAGUCUAAUAGCAAUAUUUUGUUUUUUCACUUGUAAAAUAAAAAUUUCUAUAGCAGUGUGGUUUAAUCUUAUUCUUAGGCUGAGUACAGUCUGUAGCCAAGUAUGGAAGGGAAGAUUUUGUUAUGCUUAUUCCUUCAUUUUCUCUUUUUAUUAUGUACUCAUUUGUAUAUUGCCCUAGGCAAGAUGCUAAGAUUACCAGAUAAAAUGGUACAACAUAAAAUUUCCAAACUUGGGAAGCAGGAUAUACAGAGUUCCCAGAACCUACCCAUGACCUACCCAUCUUUCAGCUCUCAGGCCCAGUGGCUUGAACGGCAUGCUGAGUGCUUCUGUGUACAUGCCCGAAGUCUGAUGUGAAGGAGGAAUGGAGGAAAAGAAACAGCAUGACCACACCCUAUUGUGAGGGCAAGGGCUGCUUUUGCUGUCCCUCCCUCUUUCUUUGUCUCUCUGGCAAGUACACAUGUCCUUCUAUAAAAAGAAAGAAAGAAACGAAGAAAGAUUUCCAGACAUAUAAAAAGAUAGAAGUGAUGUCUGGUAUUCAUUAGGUUACUUCUUUUGUUCCCAGGUGAAAAAAAGGCUUAACUGUUAGGUUGUCAGAAAAGUGUUGCUGUAUUUUUUUCUAUGCAAAAAUGCAUCAUGAUUUUUCUGACAACCCACUAUGAGGUCUAUCUGAUGAUUACAAAGGCCUGUAGUGAGAACUGGGAAGUUAGAGAUGUUAUGAAGGUAACUUGAAAAUGGGGGUGGUCAUCAAAUGUUCAUGGAAAAUAUGUAUUAUGCAAAAAACUACACUUGAAUUUAAAAAUAUUCUUGCACCAAUAUAAACUUGUACUAACUUAUAACAUGUACAAACAGCAUCUUGUUUGAGACACUAACAAAGAUAAAACAUCAGUUCAAAAAAAGCCCCUAUCAUAGCAAUAUGAAUUCUGCUAAAAUUGAAUCAAAAAUAAAGAUUAUGGUGAAGCUUG